AUGUCAGACAUCGAUAACAGGUCCGACACUACGGACGACGACCUCUCACCGUCUCUUGCUACUACGCAGUCAUACGCCUCUGUGCCUUCCUUGCGACCGACUAUGGAUAAACCUACGAUCAAUCCCUCGUCCACGCAUCUGGGGCAGAUUAAUGCUGCUCGCCGAGGUGUUGGUACCACCCCUCGCCCGCAAGCUUCGAUGAGUGGCGCGCAGCCAGGAGGACUGAACCAGGACAUCUUGGCCAAAAUGAAAGCUUUUUCCUUAUCUAGACAAGGAGCACCACCGAGUCUGACACAUGCCAACACAACUAAUUUCGUGCCCAAGGCGUCUUCGCCAUCCACCUCCAGCGCUAGCCCUGUCUCAUCCCCGCCUUCUGCCUCGAACGGAUCUCUGGGCGGUGCUUUUGCGGGUCGCUUGCAUCCUGGGGCGACCCGGCCGGGGACCAAGAACUGGGUUUCAUCUCCCUCUCUGCCUCACGGCUCGCCUAACUUGAACUCUCCCAAGCCGGGCGGCCUGGCAGCAAAACGCAUGAAGCCAGGCCUCAAGCUUUCGGAUGCAACCGGUUCGAAUAGCCCCGCUCCAGGUGGACCGUCCAACGGUGAAUCUGGAACGCAGCAGGAGACGGCGUUCAGCAAAUACUCCGAGUUUAUCGACACAAAAGCAGGAACGCUCAAUUUCAAGAACAAGGCCAUUCUCCACGGUGGUGGUAUCGAAUUCUCUUCGGGCCACAGCUUCAGCAUAUCGUUAGAUGAGGUGGAUCGCCUGGACGAGUUGGGCAAGGGUAAUUACGGUACUGUCUAUAAAGUUCGUCACAGCCGACCGCACAUGCGAAAACCGGGCAUGGGGUUACGAGGAAUCGUCAGUCGCCCGACGGAGCAAAAUGGCGGAGGGAAUACGCAGGAUUCGCUCUCGGGUGUCGUUAUGGCGAUGAAGGAGAUUCGCCUGGAGCUGGACGAGAGCAAGUUCGCACAAAUCAUCAUGGAGCUGGACAUUCUGCAUCGGUGUGUCUCGCCCUUUAUCAUCGACUUCUAUGGCGCCUUCUUCCAAGAAGGAGCGGUAUACAUUUGCGUCGAGUAUAUGGACGGUGGCUCAAUCGACAAAAUCUACAAGGAGGGCAUUCCGGAGAACAUCCUUCGGAAGGUCGCCUUGUCCACAGUCAUGGGACUGAGGACACUCAAGGAGGACCACAACAUCAUCCACCGCGAUGUCAAACCCACAAACAUCUUGAUCAAUUCGCGCGGACAGAUCAAGAUCUGUGAUUUCGGUGUCAGCGGAAAUCUUGUGGCCAGUAUUGCUAAAACCAAUAUUGGAUGUCAGAGUUAUAUGGCCCCCGAGCGCAUUGCUGGCGGUGGCGUGCAACAGUCCGGUGCCAGUGGAGGUGGAACCUACAGCGUCCAGAGCGAUGUGUGGAGCUUGGGUCUAUCUAUUAUUGAGUGUGCAAUCGGCCGCUACCCUUACCCGCCAGAGACAUUUAACAACAUUUUCAGCCAACUUCAUGCUAUCGUCCAUGGAGAAGCACCCACCCUCCCCGAAACUGGAUAUUCCGAAGAGGCGCAUGCCUUUGUCCGAGCAUGCUUAGAUAAGAAUCCGAAUAACCGCCCCUCUUACAAUAUGUUACUCCGGCACCCCUGGCUCUCGUCACUCAUGCAGCCGCCAAGCGAAUCGGACGGCGCACAUGAGGAGGCCACGCCACUGGUCAAUGGCUCUGGACCCGAGGGUUCAUCCUCGACUGAGGAUCCGGAAGUGGCAGAAUGGGUCAAGGAAAGACUCGAGCGUCGUGAGAAGGGGCUACUCCUCGAAGCAGAUAAACCCGCACUUCACGCUGUCGCCCUAGAUGCGGUUCCGGGAAGCCCUUUGCUGGAUGAUCCGUCCGCCAUGUACAAUCAGCGCUGA